AGCGAGAAUGAGAGCGCUAGAGCAAAAAGAGCCCACCAUAGAAAAAGUGACAAGCAUGACAGAAAGGAGGACGGUCCUGCCUAGCAACACGUACAGGCAGCGGGGCUGUGUCUGCCGUGAUAUCUGAGAGCCGCAUGCACCCCCAGAUCUGACGCGGCAUCACAGGAAGCCGCUUUGGUCUGGAGCGAGGGAGCGUGUUAAGACACCAGGCGCAAGAGGAGGAGCAGGAGUACAGGAGAGAGGUAGCAGCUCUGAAGCAGCAGAGGGAAGAAUGCAGUAAAAAGCAGCCUGGAGGGUGAGCCAAAACUCUUACAUGGGCAUAGAGCAAGAGGUACCGGAGGCGGGUGGGGUGAGUCAGUCUGCCUCCAGAUGCCCGCACACAGCACCAGCGACCCGGCGCACAUGCGCCAAGCAAGCCACCUUCCCGCAACGCACCCAGUGAGGAAGGUCUGGAUGUAGCAGCUGACUGCUCUGCUGAGGUGUGUCCGAGCACCGGGACCAUGCGCUGGAGGCGACGGCACUGCCGGGCGAAUGUGGCCAUGCUGCUCCUUGUGCUUUUGUGCGUGGGAGUGCUCCUCAUGUUUGGGCAGCACAGCUGGCUGGUGGGGAAGAAGGGCCAGCUAGCGAGGGGCACGGUGUACCCGGGGCAGAGGGCCGGCACAGCAGCGGUGACCGGGGCCAACCACAGCAUGGCCAGGCAACACAUGUGGAGAGACGCAGGUGCGUCCCCUGCGCCCCCAAGGCCUGGGGCAAACCUCAGCUCACUUUUGGACAAUACUUCUCAGCAGGAGUCAAAGAUCUCCACAGGCUCCAACGCCAGCUUGAGUGAGGAGAUAAUAGUGGAAAGUGUACUCAAAGUAGAACCCUACAGCUACAUCAUCAAUGAGGCAAACAAGUGCCAGGACAGGGAUCCUUUCCUGGUGCUGCUGAUCGCCGUUGGAUCUCACAACGUGGAAGCCAGGGAUGCCAUCAGGCAGACCUGGGGGAAUGAGAGUGUGGCCACUGGCUCUGCAUUCAUCCGUCUCUUCCUCCUGGGAAUGGGUGAAGGUGACUACGGCCUGGGCAGCCAGGUACAGCACGCCAUCGAGGCGGAGAGCCGACUGCACCAUGACAUCAUCCAGCAGAAGUACAUCGACUCCUACUACAACCUCACUCUCAAGACGCUUAUGGGCAUGAACUGGGUGGCUACAUACUGCCCUGGCACCAGCUAUGUCAUGAAGACGGACAGUGACAUGUUUGUCAACACGGAAUACCUCAUCCAAAAGCUCCUCAAGCCCAUCGUCCCACCCAGGUGGAAGUAUUUCACCGGCUACCUCAUGAGAGGUUAUGCCCCGAACCGGAACAAGGACAGCAAGUGGUACAUGCCACAUGAGCUGUACCCCAGCAAGCGGUACCCAACAUUUUGCUCCGGCACAGGGUACGUGUUUUCAGGCGACAUGGCAAAGCUGAUCUACAGGGCUUCUCUGAGCAUACGCCGGCUGCACCUAGAGGAUGUCUACGUGGGACUCUGCCUUGCCAAGCUGAGGAUCGAGCCAGUCCCACCCCCAAAUGAGUUCCUGUUCAACCACUGGAGGGUGUCUUAUUCCAGCUGCAAAUACAGCCACCUGAUAACUUCUCAUCAGUUCCUCCCCACCGAGUUAGUGAAAUACUGGCAUCACCUGCAGAGCAACAAGCACAACGCCUGCACAGAACUGCCAAAGAAGAAAGUAUGAAGGAGUCGCCAAAGAAAACUGCUCUGCAAACAUUUUGAAGGAUGGACGUGGUGACUAAGAACAGGGGGAAAGAAAAAAAAACAAACACACCACACUUUCAGCCUCUGAAAAGCUUUGCAUCAAGAAAGUACACUUUCGCUAUGUAACAAAAUGGGAAUAAUGUGAGGGUCAAAAAAGUUUACGUGAAUCUGACUUCCCUUGUGCAGACUAAGCAGAACUGUGGGUGUGACGUUUAAGAGAACAGUGUGCACUGUGAAGAAAGUGAGAGAUGUACUGCAGAAAUUAUAUUACGAAGCCAGCACCCUGCAGUUAUUUUAAAGUAAAGUUACCUCUCCUCCUCAAAGCCUCAUGCGCUUGUGUGUCACGCACAUUGUUCAGAAAUAUUCAGCUUCAUCACCUCUUAUGUGACUCUCUCUAAUGUCUCGCUGUCAUAUAAAGUUACUUUACCUGAACUUACAGGUUAGGAGAAUUUAUGAGAAUAUAAUUUACAUGUUCACCACGUAACACUAAUAACGUGCGAUUCCUUUCCAUCACUAUUAAAAGUGCUCUUAAGUGUCAUCUUUAGUGAACGUAUACAAGCUCAUAUACAACUAUACAAGCAGCACUGGAUUGAUUGUGGAGGUUAAUGGGCAUGUUUGUGUAUAUGUUCACACUGGAGACGAGGCAAGUGAGCACUAACAAGUGCAAAAGAAGUUUAAACCUCAUUACUAUCUAGAAAGGUGAUGAAGGGAAGAAGAUCUAAAUAACAAAUAAGGCCGGUGACCACAUCCCUUCCACCCUCAGCAUGGUGGCGUAGAAUAAUUUGCACUAUUGUAGUCGUACGCAUGGUUAUUCAUCAUUGUUCUCAAUUCAGCUCUCACAAUUCAUACACAAUUUAUCAUCAGGUGCAGAAAAAAAUAAUUAAAACCUGGCAGUCACUGUUCCAUGUUCCUGUUUUUCUAUAUUUUCUGAACAUUAAAGGAUUAAUUAUUUUUCUUCAUCACAGCUUUCAUAAUAAUACCAUCCUCAACCUACUAGUAUUUUCCUGCCUUUGACCUGCUCAAUGGACUCUUUUCAGGCCCAAACCCUCAUGAAAGCUGCUUUGUGAAAAACAUACAUAUUUUAAGUUAUUUUUCCACAAAGUAGCUUUCAUGAGGGUUUGGGAGAGAAACUGAACUAUUUAGUGUUGUGUUUUGCUACAAGUGCACACUUUUUUAUGUUGUCUGAAUCUGGGUUGAGUGGGUGGGAAUGGUAAUCAGGCUAUGAAUUUUGAUGCAGAAAAACAGGUCACAGAACUAAACCAUGAUUUAUCUCUUGGAGCUGGCAAAGCAAAAGUG